AUGAAUCAUAACGCACAAGAUACUCAGCCAGAACCCAACGAUAUCGCAAGUCGACUCCAAAAAGCCAACACCCAAGUCUCGCAGAUCUGCCAAGCCUCCGGCGUCCCAGGAGCUUCCAUCGCAAUCAUACACAAAGGGAAACUCCUCCACACAUAUAACCACGGCUACAGCGACCUGGAGAACCAAAUCAAAACCGAUUCCAACACAGCCUACGGCAUCGGCUCUCUCACAAAAGCUUUCAUCGCAGCCGCAAUAGCCAAGCUCGUCCACGCAGGACACCUAACAUGGCACACGCCCAUCAAGGACCUCCUCCCCGAGUUAAACCAAGAUGACUCCAUCAUCACAAAUCUCCUUACCGUCACGGACAUCCUCUCUCAUAGAUGUGGUCUAGCAGGCGGGGCAGCCAUGAGCUUCGUGUUCCAAGGCGAUGGCGACAUGCUCCUACCCAAAGAAUCUCUAUUCACACUCUUCAACCAUUUUCCGCAGUUAUUUCCCUUCCGUGGGGGCUGGUCGUACUUUGUGUGGGGAUACGCUCUUGCAGGUCUUGUUAUUGAUAGAGUCACAGGGAAGGGACUCGCGCAGGCGUUGCGGGAGCUUGUUCUAAGCCCCUUGGGGAUGACAUCUACGGGGUUUGAUGUUGAUUCUUUGGAGGGUGUUGCUGAGCCGUAUGCUGGGUUGGCUGACGGGACGGCAUUUCAUCUUUCGAAACGGCAGGUAUUUAGGGAUACGUUCUUCGAAGCGUCGGGGGGGUUGUUCUCCAGCGUAAAGGAUUUGACGACAUGGGCGGGUGCUAUUCUGGAUUGUAUUUCGCGUCCGGAUGAAUCUGUGCUGAAGGACGUGCCGUAUAUUUUGAGCAAUCAUGCUGCUAUUAUGAAUCCGUCGCUGAAUGAACGGUCGUAUGGUUUAGGUUGGAUACGCACACAACUUCCUGGACGAGUUGGUCUAAUUGGGGAUAACAUGGAUGUCUGGACGCUUUCAGAGCAACCGCUCCUUGGAGAUGAGCAUCACCCCAUGCAAAUGAUUUACCAUCAGGGAAGCACAGUGGGAUAUUAUUCGCACAUGGCACUCUUUCCGGCAACGGAAUCCGCUGUCAUCGUGCUCACUAAUUCCAUCGCCCUUAGCGACGCAGCGGACUGGAUAUCUCGAACUUUUACACAAGCACUCUUCGAUAUAGACUCGAAUGAUUACGUCAAACUAGCAAUGGAAGCUAGUAAGCGGUAUAUCAGUCUCUUUGAAAACAUGGCCACUGAGAUAGAAAACAUGCGGGAUGGCAAGACGCCAAGGUUAGAUACUUUUGCAGGGAGAUAUGUGCACUCGUCGCAGCUAUUUGUGGUUGAUUUGGCGGUGUGUGACUCGCGGAAUAAAUUGGCACUUCGGUUUCAGGGACGUGAUAGUCAAGAAUAUGAGUUGAGAUAUCUGUGUGAGGGUGUGUUUGAGUGGGUUUUGGGGCAUGAUGAGUCCAAGAGGAGGGGGAGGUAUAAUUCUGUUGAGAUGGGGUGUUAUCUAUUUAGGUUUCGUGUGGAUGGGGGGAGGGUCGUUUCUUUUACGUGGGCUGCUGAUGGUUUGAGGUCUGAUGUGUUUUUGAAGGUUGGGGGUUUAGAGGAUGCUGCUGUUGCGGUGAGGUAG